AUGUUCUCGAUGUGCGAAAUUACCCGGACGACGGAGGUGUGGACAAGUGCCGCCGCCUGUAGUUAAUGCAGGCAUAAGUAAAUGUAUCAGCAAAGAUCCUCUGUGUUUAAUAACAUGUCGCAUGUGUAGGGUUGUUAAAGAGAAGAUGACGUCAUGAAUUAUGUCUGAAGCUGCUGUAGAGGAAGUUUCAGUUUUAUCGGCCAUUUACUGCGGAGAGGGAGAGUUCCGGCUCAUCCAGCAGUCUGCGCAGGAUGGGCUCCUGGUCCAAAUCAACACCACUGUUCCAGGGGAGAGAGGGCUGAACCUGAGUCUGUUGUUCCACCUGCACCCCCAGUACCCUUCCUGCCCCCCCGACAUCUCUGUCUCCUCCACUGCUUUCUCCAGGAACCAGUGUCACAGCAUCAGACAGAGGCUGCUGGAGCGAGCUGCAGCCUUACCACCAGAGCCAAUGGUCCAUCAGCUGGUAGACUGGUUACAGCAGCAGAGUGAGGAGGUGACAGAGGGCUGCAGAGGAGCUGAGGAAGAGGUGAAAGACAGAGGAAGAGAGGAGAGGUGGACCGCAGUGCUGUCGUUGGACCACAUCCGAUCUCGGAGUCGUUACAUCGGACUGCUGGAGCGCUGGAGCCAGCAGCUGCAGCUGCCUGGGAGGUUGUUACUGGGACAGAGUAUACUGGUUAUUCUGCAGGGAGCCAGAGCUGACAUCAAGGAGUUUUGCCGCCUGUUGAAGACAGUGAAGGUGGAUGUGGAUUCUUCAGGGAAGAAAUGCAAGGAGAGGAUGAUGAAGGUUCUCAUCGAAACCCCCUCGUAUUCCUCCUGCGGACAUGGGCUCCAGAGGUUUGUGGUGAAGGAGUACCAGUCCUCAGCAGAGCUUACUGCAGUCUUCCAGGAGCUCCACAUGACGGAGCUGUACCAGCAGAUACUGCCAUCAUUAAGUGACUGACAGCGCACCACAGUUACCAUGAUGACUCAACCUGAACGGAGAAGAGCCUCAACAAAUACAGACCCAGCGGGCACAGACAGGAAGACCACCAAAAUAAACAUAAAUCACCACAGAGCUACAACACAACAGACACAAAGUGACUCUGGUGUGUAACACAGAAAAAAACAUGGCUGUCAUUACUGCUGAUGUUUGACUCACUGAUGGACUGAGAGCGGAUCAUGUUAUUUGUGGUUAUUGUACAGGCAAGGAUUGUACCAGUAAAGCUCAUCUCAGCUGUUUCUGCUGAUGCACCUUUGCAAGUGACAGUUUACAUUCACAAGUCAAAGUUUGACAGAGCUUUUGGUGAUCAACACAGGUUUAUUCCCUGGAUGACAUUGUUGCUGGUUUAGUCUUGAGUUUUUAAUGUUCUGGAGACAAAGUUCAGAUUUGAAACUUACCAGGUUUUCAGUGGCUUUAAAAUACAUCUAGUAUAAUAAGUGCAGAUAAUGUAAUGUCUACAGCAUCAAGCUUAUUGACAGUUUGACAUCUUAAAUAAAUACAAAUGAAGAAUAUUCCAUUUUCCCAGUGAUACUGGUCAGCAUUUAAACAUGUAUUGUCGGCACCAAGCUACUUUUUCUUCUCCUCCUCCCUCUCCUCCCUCUUUUCCUCUCCUCCUCCUCCUCCUCCUCUUCCAAAAAGGAAGCAGGACUCAUCAUUCUGCUCUUGAUCAUUAGUAGUUCUUUUAGCAUCAGUUCCAGCUGCAGGAAGAGCAGAGGGGAGAAAUUUCUAUUUCAUUUAUUUACUUUUUUUUUUAACCUUUAUUCAUUUUCCAAAUGGUUCUAAACAAUUGCUGAUGUUGGUCACGGAGUUGACAGGUACAAUAAACCUCAGUCCAUGUCUUUUUAUCACAGGAGUCCAUCUGUAGAAAAGUCCAUUUGCAGCUGGGCUGUCAGACACUCCUCUGUGUGACUUGUUUUAGCCUUUGAGUUCACUGACUUAUGUUUUGUGACAAUACAAUACUUUCAUUCUCCUCUUUGA